UUCUUCGAAUUAUGGAAAUUAAAACCUACAUAAAGUUUUUACUUGGACGUAAACCUGAAACAUGGCACUAACUCACCCUUGAACUCUGUUGAAACUAAAACUUCCUUUUCGCACUGUGUGGCACGGAAUUUUCUUAGAAACACGGAAUGCAAGUGGGCGAAUUGUCUGAGAUACAAGUUGGCCUUUUAGCCGAACUGAACAGCAGAACACAUUCGACUGAAUGGACGUCGCUUGCACAUCAGACGUACGGGGAGGUGAAUCAGCUGGGCGGCGUUUUCGUGAACGGGAGACCGCUUCCCAACGCGAUCAGAUUGCGGAUCGUUGAGCUGGCUCAGCUCGGCAUCAGACCGUGCGACAUCAGCCGGCAACUCCGCGUCUCCCACGGCUGCGUGAGCAAAAUCCUGGCCCGCUACAACGAGACGGGCUCCAUCUUACCCGGGGCGAUCGGUGGCAGCAAACCCAGGGUGACCACGCCGACGGUGGUGAAGUACAUCCGAGAUUACAAGCACGGAGACCCGGGGAUCUUCGCUUGGGAGAUACGAGACAGGCUGUUGGCCGACGCCGUGUGUGACAAGUACAAUGUGCCUUCGGUCAGCUCCAUCAGCAGGAUCUUGAGGAACAAAAUCGGUAACCUUUCGCACUCGGGCCACUGCGAGGGUGCCAAGCAGAUGCCGCCGCAGCCGUCACUCUCGUACAACCCCAUUUACCAAUACCCUUACCCCAACCACAUGUCAUCGGCGGUCGCCAAGAUGAGCGGUUCUGCUGGAGUCCCGAUGACAGGGGUGACGGGACACGUCGGUAUCCACAGAGCCUGGCCCAGCGCUCAUUCUGUUACCAACAUCCUCGGACUCCGAAGCCUAGUUGAACAGGCGGCCGCUCUUGGUGGAGUCGAUGCGUCAGCAUAUCAAACAAAAGUAGAAGAUUGGAGUAACGUGAACAGAGCAACCUUCCCCUCAACUCAAAGUGUCAACGGGAUUGAGAAGCAGGCGCUCGAAACGGAUCUGAAAUACUCCCAGCCUCCGUCUGCGCUCCCCGCUGUGAGUAGCUUCGUUCCUCCCUGCGCCGUCGGGCCUUAUCCCGCAUCGAACCAGGUGGCGGGCUAUGGGGUGUACGGCGGCCCCGGAUCCGGCUACAUGGCCAGCCACCCGUGGCAGUCGCAGAACAGCGGUCUCUCGCACUCCGGCUCAGGGAUUACCAUGCACGGCGGCGACAUCCACACGCCAAUGCCCUUCAAACACCUCUCGGCCAGAGAAGUCACGAAAAUGAGGUCCUAUGGUGUUCAAAGAUUUCCAGCAUCUGCAGUUUCGUUUGAAGCAAUGACUGGGAUCUCGAAGGAAAACUGUUAACGUCUCCCCAUGCACCAGCGAAAGACGCCUGUGUCUCCACGACGGUCCAGUGGUUGCGAGGUCUGCUCAUUCAGAGGGCUUGGAUGCUUGCGUUGGCCUGGAGCCUCUUGUUGUGGCAAUUCCCCAUCACUUGCUGUGAGGAACCUGCACGAACAUCCUGUGUCGAGUUACACCUGCAACGUGCCGUCGGACCAGGUGUUGAGACUGCCCUGCUACAGAUUUCAAUGGUGGUGAAGAACUUUGGUCAAUGCCAAAUGGUACGAAGAAGGGUCUCGACCCGAAACGUCACCCAUUCCUUCUCUCUUCAGAGAUUCUGCCUGUCCCGCUGAGUUACUCCAGCAUUUUGUGUCUAUCUUUCGUAAAUGUUAAUUAAUCUUGAUUUAAAAAAAAAUGUUGACUGCAUUUAAACUUCUUUAAGGGUGUUUUAUUUAUGGUAAAAAAAAAUAAAAAUGAAAAGAAAAGAUAAUUGUUUUUGAAUGUUUCAAAAUGUCUUAUUCUCUGAUUCUGCAGAAGACAGAAGAUAUUCCGGGUGAUUUGUCUAACAUCAUUAAGAGGAAAGCAUUAACAUCUACUGCUAAGUGAAUGUUAGCAAGGACAUAGAACCAUUAUAAUUGCUCUGUUUCUCUUUCCCCAGAUGCUGCCUAAUCUGUGGGGAAUUUACAGCAUUUUAAUUUUAUACAUUGCAAAAUGCUUUAUCUAGAGCCUGCAAAUUAAAAAGGCAGUUUCGGCUCCAAGUACACAUUCAGACCCUUUGGACUAAUCUGAGUCUGAAGAAGGGUCCCGACCCGAAAGGUCACGCAUCCUUUUUCUCCAGCUAUGCUGCCGGAUCUGCUGAGUUACUCCAGCACUUUGUGUCCAUCUUCAGUAUGAGCCUGCAUCUGCAUUUCAUUCCCAUGCUAUCUGAUUUUUAUCUUUGCGGUUGAUCCAAUUCCACUAAAUCAUAGGUUCUGGACCGACUCCCUUAUUAUGCGAAACUUUUGGAAAAUCAUUUCUAGAGAUCAAAGGAAUACACUGCUGCUGUAUCGCUCUGAUCAUUGCAGAAAGUGAUGGUGCGGCACAGAGGCGCAGCUGGUAGAGCUGCUGCCUCACAACACAAGAGACCAGGGUUCAAUCCUGACCUCGGGUGCUGUCUGUGUGGAGUUUGCACGUUCUCCCUGUGACUGCGUGGGUUUCGUCGAGGGGCUCUGGUUUCAUAGAAACAUAGAAAAUAGGUGCAGGAGUAGGCCAUUCGGCCCUUCGAGCCUACACCGCCAUUCAACAUGAUCAUGGCUGAUCAUCCAACUCAGUAUCCUGUACCUGCCUUCUCUCCAUACCCCCUGACCCCUUUAGCCACAAGGGCCACAUCUAACUCCCUCUUAAAUAUAGCCAAUGAACUGGCCUCAACUACCUUCUGUGGCAGAGAAUUCCAGAGAUUCACCACUCUCUGUGUGAAAAAUGUUUUUUUCAUCUCAGCCCUAAAAGAUUUCCCCUUUAUCCUUAAACUGUGACCCCUUGUUCUGGACUUCCCCAACAUCGGGAACAAUCUUCCUGCAUCUAGCCUGUCCAACCCCUUAAGAAUUUUGUAAGUUUCUAUAAGACCCCCCCUCAAUCUUUUAAAUUCGUCCCUAUCCUCCCACGUAUCAAGGUCGUGCAGGUUUGUAAGUUCAUUGCCUCUGUAAAAUUGUCCCUCGGGUACAAGGAAUGGAUGAGGAAGUUGAAUAACAUAGAACUAGUGUGAAUAGGUGACCAAUGGUCGAUGUGGACUCGAUGGGCCGAAGCACCUGUUUCCCAUGCUGGCUCUCUCCGAACUCUAUAAACUAAAACUUGCUCUGCCAUUUUCAGUUCUUGCCAUUUUUAGUUCUUAUUUUUGUCUUACUGCUGUGCAGAAGCAACUUUGUAAGAUUGUUGUUAUGUAAAGUGAACAUUAAAUAAAAUACCAGAUUUUAUUCAAUCAUGAA